AUGCAGUCCCAGGCCAAUCAAAAAGACAUUCCAAACAACUUCCCAGGGAUUCCACCUUUCCCAGAUGACGUCUCUACAGCGCCCCUUCUUCGACUAUCGUCAGGAAAGCUGCUAGCAGGUGACCCUACAGAGCACGAAAGACUAUUCCAAGCAUCUACCGAUAUCGGAUUCUUCUAUCUCGAUUUAUCAGACUCAAAGCAAGGCACCUCACUCCUCGACGACGCAGAUAAUCUAUUCCAAGUCGGCGAGAGCCUAUUCGAGCUGAGCGCCGACGAGAAAACACAGUAUGAUUUCAGCGCACAGAACUCAUACUUCGGAUAUAAAGCCCAAGGAGCUGCAGUGGUUGACAAACAAGGGAAUCUCGACCGAAACGAGUUCUACAAUGUUUCCAAAGACGACAUUCUAGGCAUUACCAAUCCCCUCCCAGCCCCAGAGAUUCUGCAUAAAAACCGAUCUAAACUGGCCUCAUUCAUGCAAGGGUCCCAUGAAAUCGUAACCCUAAUUCUGAACACCCUAAACGACCAACUCACCCUACCAAAAGACACUCUAUCCAAUCUGCACCGCCAACAAGCCGUAAGCGGCAACCAGGUACGAUUCGUUAAAGCCCCACCACAGCCAGUAGACGACCGACGUACGGCAAUGGGCCAACACACCGAUUUCGGAAGCGUGACUGUUCUCUUCAACCGACUGGGCGGACUGCAAGUGCUUCCGCCGGGUACUGAUGCCGAAUGGGUAUAUGUGCGCCCACUACCUGGUCAUGCCAUUAUAAACCUUGGUGAUGCAAUGGUUAAGUUUACCAACGGUCUGUUUCGGUCGAACAUCCAUCGCGUUGUGGCACCUCCGGGGCUGCAGGCUGAGUCGACGCGGUAUAGUCUUGUGUACUUUGCACGACCCGAGGAUAGUGUGAUGUUGCGUCGGUUGGAGGGGUCUGAUCGAAUUCCUGUUUUGGAUCAGACCGAAGAGGAGAUUAGUAGCAAGGAUUGGAUUCUGAGACGGGGGUUAGGGCGUCGGGUGGAUCGUGUGGAUGAUUUUGAGAAGGCUGCGGGGACGGAGCAGCUAAGUCGGAGGAUCAAGGCUUAG